GAGGUGAAAAUUGACUUGAUGAGCGAGUGGCAAGGAGAGCCAUCAAUCAUUGGGGGCUGACAACUCCUCCCCAAAGUGUAGGCUGAGAAGAGAGACAGAGUUCCCUUUCAAGGGGAAAAAUAAACACUACGUGUGGCUUUCACUGAGUCUGAGACUCCAGGAGGGAUUAUGGUAUUGUAGUCAGGAAGCCAGAAUUGUGGAGGCCAAAAAGCAUGCUGGGGCUGUGUUCCAAACAUUGAGAUAGAGGUACAUAAUUAUCCAGCACAGGAGGUCUUUCCAGGGACUCGUCCCCCAGCAACUGUGGCAAUUAAACUAUGAGAAGAAUUUGCUUUCGUUUCAUCUUCGCUGGACUCCACUUCUUUUGGGAGAGGGCAACCCUUGAAGCCUGUUUGCUGUCCUGGUGGUAAGGAGUGGUUUGGCUCCAUGGAUGGGUGCAGAGCUUUGGUUUUUGUGUUGUUGCACCUUCACAAGCCAGGAUUUUGAGUUUGCUGCUGCUCUGUGGAUGAAGAAUCCCUUCUUUAUGCCGGCAGAUGUUGAGGUGCGGGAGCCAACAAAAAUCUUCAGCAGCAGCCGUCGUUCCAAGGGAGGAGGCAUUACCCUGGCCGAAGGCACGGCUUUCUCUCCAUGCUUCUCUAGAGGUGUUCAGAUGGGAUUAAAGUCCACAUGGAGAUAUGGAAAUGGACCAGGAAUUUACUCUAAAAAGAUGGUCAGCUGGGAUUCGGGUUGCCUUAUCUGCCUGGUGGUGGUCACCAUGGCUGGACUUUCCCUGGCUCGACCUUCGUUUAAUUUAGUUGUUGAAGACACCACGGUGGAACCCGAAGAGCCGCCAACCAAAUACCAAAUCUCUCAGCCAGAUGUUUACUCAGCACUUCCAGGAGAGCCGCUUGAGUUGCGCUGUCAAUUGAGAGACGCCGUCAUGAUCAGUUGGACUAAGGAUGGGCUCCCUUUGGGGCCUGACAAUAGGACAGUGAUUAUUGGGGAGUACUUACAAAUUAAGGAUGCCACAGCCAGAGAUUCGGGCCUCUAUGCUUGCACUGCUGUUAGGACCCUAGACAGUGAUACUCUGUACUUCAUUGUAAAUGUUACAGAUGCUCUUUCCUCUGGUGAUGAUGAAGAUGACAAUGAUGGGUCCGAGGACUUUGUGAAUGACAGCAACCAGAUGAGGGCGCCUUACUGGACACACACGGACAAAAUGGAGAAGAGGCUCCACGCCGUGCCGGCCGCCAACACCGUCAAGUUCCGCUGCCCGGCCAUGGGGAACCCAACGCCGACCAUGCGGUGGCUGAAAAACGGGAAGGAGUUCAAGCAGGAACAUCGCAUCGGCGGGUACAAGGUCCGUAACCAGCACUGGAGCCUCAUCAUGGAGAGCGUGGUGCCGUCGGACAAGGGGAACUACACGUGCAUCGUGGAGAACCAGUACGGCUCCAUCAACCACACCUACCACCUCGAUGUGGUUGAGCGCUCCCCGCACCGGCCCAUCCUGCAGGCGGGGCUCCCCGCCAACGCCUCCGCCGUGGUGGGCGGCGACGUCGAGUUUGUCUGCAAGGUGUACAGCGAUGCCCAGCCCCACAUCCAGUGGAUAAAGCACGUGGAGAAGAACGGCAGUAAAUACGGGCCAGAUGGGCUGCCCUAUCUCCAGGUUUUAAAGCACUCGGGGAUAAAUAGUUCCAAUGCUGAAGUGCUGACACUGUACAAUGUGACAGAGGCGGACGCUGGAGAAUAUAUUUGUAAGGUCUCCAAUUAUAUAGGGGAGGCCAACCAGUCUGCCUGGCUCUCUGUUCUGCCGAGUGUACAAGCUCCUGAGAAAGAAAAGGAAUACCCAACCUCUCCAGACUACGUGGAAAUAGCAAUUUACUGCAUAGGGGUGUUCCUGAUAGCCUGCAUGGUGCUGAUAGUGAUCCUGUGCCGCAUGAAGAACACCACCAAGAAGCCGGAUUUCAGCAGCCAGCCCGCUGUCCACAAGCUGACCAAGCGCAUCCCCCUGCGCAGACAGGUAACAGUGUCGGCCGACUCGAGCUCCUCCAUGAAUUCCAACACGCCCCUGGUGAGGAUCACCACCCGCCUCUCCUCCACUGCUGAUGCCCCCAUGCUGGCAGGAGUCUCGGAGUAUGAGCUGCCAGAAGACCCAAAGUGGGAGUUCCCAAGAGAUAAGCUGACGCUGGGCAAACCCCUGGGAGAAGGUUGCUUUGGGCAAGUGGUGAUGGCCGAAGCGGUGGGCAUUGACAAAGACAGGCCGAAAGAAGCAGUGACCGUGGCAGUGAAGAUGUUGAAAGAUGAUGCCACAGAAAAAGACCUCUCUGACCUGGUGUCAGAGAUGGAGAUGAUGAAGAUGAUUGGGAAGCAUAAAAAUAUCAUCAAUCUUCUCGGAGCCUGUACCCAGGAUGGUCCUUUGUAUGUGAUAGUGGAAUAUGCUUCCAAGGGGAACCUGCGGGAAUACCUGCGAGCGCGCCGCCCGCCCGGCAUGGAGUACUCCUUCGACAUCAACAGGGUGCCCGAGGAGCAGAUGACAUUCAAGGACCUGGUGUCCUGCACCUACCAGCUGGCACGAGGCAUGGAGUACCUGGCUUCCCAAAAAUGCAUCCAUCGAGACUUGGCCGCAAGAAAUGUUUUGGUAACCGAAAACAAUGUCAUGAAAAUAGCAGACUUCGGUUUAGCCAGAGACAUCAACAAUAUAGAUUAUUACAAAAAGACUACUAAUGGACGGCUUCCAGUAAAGUGGAUGGCUCCAGAAGCUCUGUUUGACAGAGUUUACACACAUCAAAGUGAUGUUUGGUCGUUUGGUGUGUUAAUGUGGGAGAUCUUCACCUUAGGAGGGUCACCCUACCCAGGAAUCCCAGUGGAGGAACUUUUUAAGCUGCUGAAAGAAGGGCACCGGAUGGAUAAACCUGCCAACUGCACCAACGAGCUCUAUAUGAUGAUGAGAGAUUGCUGGCAUGCUGUGCCUUCUCACAGACCCACUUUCAAACAGUUGGUGGAGGACUUGGAUCGGAUUCUCACUCUCACGACUAAUGAGGAGUAUCUGGACCUGAGUGGGCCUCUGGAGCAGUAUUCACCCAGCUACCCCGACACCAGGAGCUCGUGUUCCUCGGGGGACGACUCCGUGUUCUCUCCCGACCCGAUGCCUUACGAACCUUGUCUCCCCAAGUACCAGCACAUGAACGGGAGCGUGAAAACAUGAAAAGAGCAGCAAAGAGGCAAGAACAUCGAGCUACCUACAGUAUGCAAAGCAAAAGCUUUUCUCCAGGACCUUCAUGUUUCUGCUUGUACAUAGGAGAUAUGGGAAAAAAAAACAAAACUAAAAAGAAGGAAAAGGAAAAAAAAAAUAAAUUUGGAGGAAAGCGGUCAGAACCUACAUAAAGAUUCUCAUCACUUGCAGCUUUCAGAUGUUCCCAAGAAAGAAGAAUGUUUAUCAGCUGUUUCUAAAUACCCAUUGCUAUCAAUUUUCUGGCUUCCUGCGAGCUGCAACAGACUUUGUUUGUACAAUGGACCAGUUGGACUUGAGGCAAACUCUGGGUCUGCCUUUCUUGUUUAUUUUGUAAUAUUUGGAGAAAAUAUAUGUUGGCACACACUUACAGAGCACAAAUGCAGUAUAUAGGUGCUGGAUGUAUGUAAAUAUAUUCAAAAAUAUGUAUAAAUAUAUAUUAUAUAUAUUUACAAUGAAUUAUUUUUUGUAUUGAUUUAAAAAAUGGAUGUCCCAAUCCACCUAGCAAAUUAGUCUCUUUUUUAACAGCUAUUUGCUAAAUGCUGUUCUUACACAGAAUAUCUUAAUUUUCACCAUCCAAAGGUGGAAAAUACUUUGCUUUCAGGGAAAAUGGUAUAUCAUUAAUUUAUUAACUAAUUGGUAAUGUACAAACCAGUUAAUCGUUUAUAGGGUUGUUGUGUUUUUGUAAUUUAAAUGGCAUUUCUAUGCAGGCAGCACAGAGGACUAGUAGGUAUAUUGCUCAGACUUUACUAGUUUUCAGAUCUUUAAGAAAAUAAAUAUUUACAGUAUAUAACUAAUUUGGGGGAAUUAAACUUUCGAUUUAUUUGUGUUUAAAAACUGCAGCGUCAGAUGAUUGUUCUUAUCCAAACCAAAUCCUUUAACAAGAAACUCUUUUUCUUAUAAGGUCCAAAAAGCAGAGUUGUUCCACUCCAAAAAAAAAAAAAAAAAUAAAAUAGCAUUUUGAAGAAGGUUCUUGAAGUAAGGAAAGACAUGAGUUGGUCUAUAACCACAGCAGAACAGACUGCUCUAAAAGGAGCUGAGCUUCUACCCUGAGUUGCACAUGCAUCAAAUUAUCUACAAUUCUCUUGCCUCAGUUGGAUAAUAGGUUCCAGACCUUUUGGCCUGGAUCUUUUGCCUUUAUCCCUCUAUUGUAACUUAAGUUAAAAAGAGAGAAGUUGUUUAUAAUGAGAACUUGCCACAGGAAUAUCAGCGUCUUUUUAGGGGAUUAAUUCAUGCUGACUCCAGUAUUUCCUUCUGAACCAUUCCAUAACAGUAGGUGUAGCACUGGCCUCUGCUAGAAUAUCACUGUUGUUUGUAUCUUUUUUUUUUUUUUUUUUUUUAACAGAGUCUUGUAUUUUCAGAGCAUUCACGUUGAUAUGGCCAUGGAUUAUGAAUGCAAAUUUCACUGUUUUAUGUGGUGGUGUGGUUGUUUUGUUUUUGUUUUGUUUUCCUUUUUUUUUUUUUUUUUCUUUUUGAUAAUUUUUUUUAAAAUUGGGUAAAAUAAGUAUUAAAAUCUGUUAACUUUUGUACUGACAAUAAAAUGUUUCUACAGAUAUUAAUGUUAAAAUUACAAAAUAAAUGUCAUGCAGCUUA